AUGCGUAGGCGUCGUCUCUGCGGUUAUGGCGCCCGCCUACGUGAUGCAGAUGUAACUAAGAGGCUUAUAAAAGGGCUGGAUAUCAAGAGAGAGAUUUCAUACUAUUUCUCUCAUUGCAUUUUUAUUAACUUUUCAAUCUAUUCCUCUUUAUUCCGUCUCUCUCUCUCCUACCUUUCUCCGUUUCUCUCUCUCUCUCUCUCCUACCUUUCUCCGUUUCUCUCUCUCUCCUACCUUUAUCCGUUUCUCUCUCUCUCCUACCUUUCUCCGUUGCUCUCUCUCUCUCUCUCUCUCUCCUACCUUUCUUCGUUGCUCUCUCGCUCCUACCUUUCCCCGUUUCUCUCUCGUUCCUACCUUUUCCCUUUUUAUCUAUCGCUCCUACCUUUCCCCGUUGCUCUCUCUCUCUCUCUCUCCUACCUUUCUCCGUUGCUUUCUAUCUCUCCUACAUUUCUCCGUUGCUUUCUAUCUUUCUUACCUUUCUCCGUUGCUCCCUCUCUCUCCUACCUUUCUCCGUUGCUCUCUCUCUCUCUCUCUCCUAACUUCCUCUGUUUCUCUCUUUCUCUCUCCUAUCUUUGUUACUCUCUCUCAGACUCUCUCUUUUUCUUCCGCUCUUUCUCUAUCUCUCUCUCUCUCUCUCACUCUCUCUCGUUCUUUUUCCCCUUCUCUCUGUUAUUUCCUACCUCAUUUUCAUUGUUUGUCUUUCAUUUCUUUUCCAUUACAUUUUCAAACUCGCUUGCAUCUUUCUCUCUCCUCUCUCUCUCUCUCCCUUGCAUAUAUAAUCUCAUACAGUUUCCUUCUCAUCGUUGCUUGAAGUUACUUUUCCCUCUCUCUCCCCCUAAUCACAUUUUCCCUCUCUCUCCCUCUAAUUACAUUUUCUCUUUCAUUCUCAAUCUUUCUGCAUUUCUUUAUCUCUCUCCAUCCCGUCCCUACACCUCUUCCCCCUACCCUCUCUCUCUCUCUCUCUCUCUCUCUCUCUCUCUCUCUCUUCCCGACUAG